AUGAAGAGACUGACAAGAACGGAAAACAGCAGCAACCGUUACUACUACUUGCCACAUCGAUACUCAAGAGCAAACCUGUCCAGUUAAAGAAAUUCAACGGAAGCAUUCACGCUUAUCCAGGAUUCAAAGCAGCGUUCAAGAGAAUGGAAAGAGAAAACCUCUACAGUACAGACGAAUUAUUAGACAUCUUGUUGAACCACACAACAGAAAAAGCAGAGACAGCUCUACGAGGAAUACUACCAGGAAGCGGACAAUACAAGAAAGCCUGGGAAAUCUUAGAACGUCGCUUUGGAGAMCCAAAGUCAAUCAUCGAUGUCAAUGACAACCAACUCAAGAAACAUAUCAGCGUCAGUGAAAGAAAUGUCAGCCAAUUGCGUUCACUCGCAGAUACCAUCUCCAUGAUAGUGACUACAUUUCAAUCCAUGAACCUUGAAAGUGAGCUGAAGUCAUCAUGCUAYGUCAGAGAAGCAGCCUCGAAGCUACCGACGUCUCUAAAACUCGCGUGGAACAGGUACGAAAGUUCACGUCCUCACGGUGUUGAUCUUGAAUGCUUCAGAGAGUGGCUGGAACAACAAGCAGUGCUGUGGGAGCGUACAUUCGACGAAAAGUCAAGUACUCCAKCAAAGCCAAUAACAUUCAAGAAGGCGACAUACAAUAUUAACACAUUCAACAACACAGGAAAAACGUGUCCAUUUCACSAAGGAACAAGUAGACAUAAAGUAGACGACUGCCGAGUGUUUAAAAGACUGAAUGCCAGCGAAAAGGAAAAGUUAGUAAGAGAAAAGAGACUUUGUUUCAACUGUCUUCGUGAUCAUAGACGCGCAAGAUGUCAAAGCACAAGAAAAUGUAAAGUAAACGGAUGCGAAGAACUGCAUCACUUCCUGCUACAUGACGUGUUAAGCAAAAAGKCACCCCCUACAUCUCAGACGACGCCUCACCAUCAGUCAACACACCAAACUACCAAGAAUGCAGAGCCGGUUAAAGGUGCAUCSAAUGUUUUUACAGGAAAGACAACCACAAGUAAAGGUCGUGUCGUACAUCAGAUUCUACCAAUAAUACUAUAUGGCCCAAAAGGGGAAAGCAGAGUUCAAGCYCUACUCGAUUGUGGAUCAAAUGCUACCUUAAUYCAACAAGAAACAGCAGAAGAACUCGGAUUUUCCGGUUCAAAAAGUGAGCUCAUUCUUGGAGGUACAAAUGUCAGCGAAGUUAUCCAGUCAUUUGCCAUCAAUGACGUCGUAGUGUCAAGCGUGGGGCGACGAAGAACAAAGCACAAGAUUGCAGAAGUACUAACAAUUCCUAACAUGAACAAUCCUAGCUAUCAAGUUAACUGGAACACUGAAAAGGAUCGUUUUCAACACCUGAAGGAUUUGCCAUUAUAUGAUGUUAAUGCUGCUGAUAUCAAGAUGAUCAUCGGAGUAGACGCCUAUCAUCUUCAGUCGCCACUAGAAGAAAGAAAGGGAGCAACAGGAACACCAAUGGCUGUGCGAACGAAACUUGGAUGGGUUGCUUUCUCCCAUUUGCCAGGAGAAAGAGAUGAUUCGUUGCAAUCGUACAGAAUAAACACAAAAGAUGCAGAAGAUAGAGAAAACAACGUAGAGGAACACCUAAAGCAGUGGAUCAACAUGGAAAGUAUACCGGAUACAUCAUCGGCAUUAAAAGGAAAGAUUCUUCGCUCAGUGGAAGACACAAAGGCACAGGAAAUUCUGCAAGACAAAACAAGAAGAAUUCCAGGUGAAAACGCCUACGAAGUUGGUGUACUCUGGCGCGAUGAUGAUCCAGUUCUUUACAACAACAGAAGCGCCGCUGAAGCACAGUUAAAAGCCUUAGAGUAUCGUCUAAACCGAGACCCCGAACUAAAGAAAGCCUACCAAGCAUCGAUAGAGAACGACGUCAUGAUGGGAUACAUCAAGAAACUAACAUCAGAAGAAGAAGAAGCGACAAAAGACAGCAAGAAAGUUAAUUACUUAACUCAUCAUCCAGUACGUAAUCCCAAGAAACCAGGCAAAGUUCGACGAGUGUACAACGCAGCAGCGAAAUACAAUGGAAAAAGUCUAAACGACCACAUCUACGCUGGCCCGGAUCUAUUGACCCAACUUUGCUGGACUUUCUUGGAAGCUGCUCUUUUGCAAUCAGGAAUGAUCUUUUGUUCAAGUGAUUUCAUGUUGAAAUGUGUCAUGGUAGCUGCGACUAAAUAUGCCUCUGUUUCAAUGUCAGCAAAAUCUUUGCAUGGAUUGAAGUUAUCAAGAACGUCUUUGNUGAAACAGAUGUCUCCAACCAUAGAUCAAGACGGACUUCUGAGAGUCGGAGGAAGAAUAAACGAAGCGCCAAUCGACUACGACGCAAGACACCCUGUCAUAAUCGAUGGAAGAUCAGAGAUUGGAAGACUAAUCGUUGCUGAGUAUCAUCAAACAUUAGCCCAUGGACCAAUAGAGUAUGUCCUUAGCUCUAUCAGAUUGAAGUUUUGGCUAGUUCAUGGACGACCAGUGAUCAAGAAAUACACAAGAGAAUGUCUAUACUGCAAACAGCAGCGAGCGAAGCCUAACCCACCAUUCAUGGGAUCGUUGCCAGCACGUCGUUUAACUCCAUUCUUACCUCCAUUUACACAUACCAUUGUUGAUCUGUUUGGUCCUGUGUACGUUAAAGAAAGACGAAAUGAAGUAAAGAAGUGGGUAGUACUCUUUUGCUGUGCUAAUUUACGAGCCAUUCAUCUAGAGAUUGCAGAGUCCCUAUCAACCGAUGCAUUUCUCAACUGUUUUUCGAGGUUUAGCAAYCGYCGAGGAUAUCCAAGAACUGUCACAUCUGACAAUGGUACAAACCUUGYUGGUGCAAAUAAAGAACUAAGAGAAGGUUGGAAUAACUUGAAGAAGGAAAAGGGACUUCRAGAUCUCAGCAGUCACGGAAUAGAAUGGAAGUUUAUUCCACCAAGCUCACCGCACAUGAAUGGAGCAGCGGAAAGACUCGUCAGAUCCUGCAAGAGAGCCUUACAUGCUAUACUUCACGGACAAAACGUCAAGUAUGACACMCUGAAUACUGCUCUGGUAGAAGUAGAAGGUAUCCUGAACUCAAGACCCAUCACACCAGCAAGCACARACCCUCAAGAUUUAGAGGCAUUAACCCCAAAUCACAUCUUACUGCACAAGCCCAAUCUCAACGCAGCAUUCGACGUGGUYCAAGACCGYGAAAUAAACUYGAGGAAAAGUUACAGAAAAGCUCAAGUGUUGGCACAAAGAUUUUGGAGCCGAUGGAUAACCGAGUACUUGCCUAUGCUGACAAACAGAAAUAAAUGGACGAAUCAGGUGCGAAAUAUGCAAGAGGGAGAUCUAGUGAUCAUUAAAUACUCCAAGACCUUCCAAAGAGGAAAUUGGCCAAUUGGAAUASUGCUAGAGACAUAUCCCGGAAAGGAUGGUAUAGUACGUACCGCCAAAGUAUCAACCAAGACCGAUAGUUACACAAGACCAGUAACUAAACUUUGUCUAUUAGAAGAACAAUAA